AUGGAGCAGAGUCAUCUCAGAUUCCUCUCUCAGCUCCUCUCUUCCCUUCUCCACAGUCAUGGACUCCUGGACUUCCUGUCACGACUCACCGCUGAUGUUCGACUCGUCCAUCAAGCUGGAAUCGGAUGAGGACGAGCACGUUCGGGCCCCUGGGGGCCUCCAUGAGGAGGGGAGCUGCCUGCAGUGGGCCUGUAAAGCCUGUAAGCGUAAAGCGAGCAGCGUGGACCGCCGGCGUGCUGCCACCAUGCGUGAGAGACGCAGGCUGAAGAAGGUGAACCACGCGUUCGAGGCUCUGCGUCGCUGCACGUCAGCCAACCCCAGCCAGAGACUUCCUAAAGUGGAGAUCCUGAGGAACGCCAUCAACUACAUCGAGAGCCUGCAGGAACUGCUGAGGGAGCGAGUGGAGAAGUACUACAGCCGAGAGAGCAGCUCCGAACCCUCCAGUCCUUCAUCAUCCACCUGCUCCGACAGCACGCCUGAGUGCAGUCCCGUCUGGUCUCAGAUCAGUUUAAACAGCGGAGCAGUGUACGGUUACGAAGGUCAGAGUGCGAGUGGGAUGGACAGAUCUGCAGGAUCGACGAGUCUGCAGUGUUUAUCCAGCAUCGUGGAUCGACUGACCUCCAGGAGCACGGACGCUCUGUCCCAGAGUCCCUGUGAGUCCCAGUGCAGCACUCCGGAAAGUCCCAACACACUCAUCUACCACGUCCUGUAAAGAGUGACAGAGAUGUGCUGUGUGUGUGUGUGUGUCUGUGUGUGUGUGUCUGUGUGAGUGUGUGUGUCUGUGUGUUAGUGUUAGUGUGAGUGUUUGUGUGUGAGUGUGGGUGUGUCUAUGUGUGUGUGAGUGUGUGUG